CAGUUGAAGUCGAGCCUUUUUCCUGCCCCAUAAGUGAAAAGAGAUCAAUGACAGCGUGAACAGGAUGGAGGAAGAGGAGCAUACAGACAGAAAGCAGCAGCUUGCCAUGCUUUAUCAGAAGCUCAACAAAAUUAAAAAGUAUCUCAAUGAAGAUGACACGGACAAUAUUAACCAGGUCAUUGGCUCAAACUCACCUGAGUCAUGUCUCUCAUAUUUGAUGGACCUGGAGAAGAAAGAGGACCCUAACUUGAAUCGUAACCACCUGACUAGACUUAUUGACUUUUAUACCAGAGUAUUCUCCAAUAUGCCGCUGGGAAGACAUUGUCAGAAUGAGAGCUAUGCCAGAAUGUUGGUCAGAUUUGCAGAGCUAAAAGCGAUUCAAGAUGUCAAUGAGGCGGAAGCCAACUUCAACGUGGCAAGAUCUCACAGCCAGAACUUUGCAUUUGUUCACAUUGCACAUGCGAAAUUUGAGCGUUCUCAAGGCAAUACAAAGAGAGCGGUUUACAUAUUGCAGAAUGCUAUCGAGCUGGGUGCCAAACCAAAGGAACUGCUUGAGGCUACCUUGCAAAGUAUGCUGACAGGGCAAACACAGCUCCCCUGUUCAGAAGAUAAGGAAAAUGUACCACUAUUUCCCAACACUAAUGUGCACGACUCUGUCAAAAAAGGGUCAGAAUUUCAAAAAGUGAGCAGAAUAUCAGACGGGACGGGUGACCUACAACUCUCCAGUAUUUUUGGUUCAGGGACUGAGCCCCUUGGUGGAUCAUCAGAUGACCAACUGCCAGGCUGGAGAGCUGGAUCUCAACGCAAGAGAGCAGUUGGCAUGGCAGGGAGAGUUCCUGUGGUCCCUUUCUCUAUCCCAGAAAAGGAUGACGAUGAUGAUGGUGACUACAUCUACAAGAAGCCCUCUAAGACAAGUGAUGCAUCAGUCCCCACCAGUUUGUCCAGGCAAACAUCUGGCUCAAACAUGAACCCGUCAUUUGGGCUCUCAUCCUCAAAGAAAAAUGCUGUCGAUGGGGAUUUAAUGAAUCUUCAACCACCAGCUGUCAGUCCAGAGCAUUGCCCUUGGGAGGAUCAGGCAGCUGUGGACUCCACUACCACACUCCUUCACACAUAUGACACACGGGACACCCUGAGAAUGGAAGAUGUAACUUACAGUUUUGACCAGGUCAUUAAAACGAAUUCCCCCGAGUCGUGUUGGACAUAUCUGAUGAACCUGGAGAAAAGAGGCAACCCACACACAGACAUCAGCCUCCUGAACAAACUCAAGGACUGUUACUCUAAAGUCUUCUCCAAGCUGCCUAUCAGACAGUACAGCAAAAACUCCUGCUAUGCCAGAAUACUGGUCAGAUAUGCAGAACUCAAGGGGAUUGAAGACCCAGAUGAAGCUCAGGACCACUUCAUAGUGGCAAGAUCCAACUGUAAAGGCUUUGCCUUUGUCCACAUAGCACAUGCCCAGUUUGAGGUCUCUCAAGGUAAUGGGAUCAAAGCAAGUUCAAUUCUGCACAAAGCCCAGAUGUUAAAUGCCAGGCCAGCUGAGCUCCUGGAGGUGGCCAUACGCAACCUUAAAGCUGGAGAGAAACAGCUAGUGCCCACCAAGGUGGAGGAACACCUCACAGAUUCGCAAACAGUUGUUCCAGUAAGUAUUUCUACCUACGGUGGAAACCAGGAACAUCAGCUUCCUGCUCGGGUCCCUGUGAACCGCUCAGUAGAGCAGCCUAAACCUGCCAGCAAAGAGCCCUUAUCAGAGUGGAAGAUGCCAACUCUCGUCAACCGGCAUGUUUCUCCAGAGGAUAAACGUACGAGCCCACCUGACCCCAGACCUGUUCCACGUCUGCUGGAGUCGCAUCCCACUCCAUCCUUCCAGCUUCCAUCCAGAGUGAACCCACAAACAGUCUGCCAGACACCAAACAGCUACAGAAACCCCUCUGCUAGCAGCUUUAUUACUCCUGUUGCAAAGAGAGGUCCUGAGGUGUUUUCUUCUGCAGUAGCAGCACACAGAGCUGGACCUGUUCAACAGUUUCAUACACCUCUAAACCAAGCAGCCUGUUUCCAGACUCCACAGGCUUCCUUUACUGCAUUGUCAAAUGAAUCCAUUACCAUUAAGGGCAAACAGUUCUUCAUCCUCAAGAUGAUUGGACGUGGUGGAUCGAGCAAGGUGUACCAGGUCCUCGAUCACAAAAAGCAGCUGUUUGCUGUGAAAUAUGUCGACCUCGAGGAGGCUGAUGCUCAGACAAUAGAAAGUUAUAAAAAUGAGAUUGAACAUCUGAACCACUUGCAGCAGUACAGUGAUCAAAUUAUAAAGCUCUAUGACUAUGAAAUUACCAACAGCUACAUCUACAUGCUGAUGGAGUGUGGAAACAUUGACCUGAACACUUGGUUGCGAAACCGCAAGACUGUGAAUCCGCUGGAGAGGAAGUUCUACUGGAAGAACAUGCUGGAGGCCGUCCAUACCAUCCACAAACACGGAAUAGUCCACAGUGACUUGAAGCCAGCUAACUUUGUCAUAGUGAAUGCCUCACUGAAGUUGAUUGACUUUGGCAUCGCAAACAGAAUCCAACCAGAUGUGACGAGCAUCAUGAAGGAUUCACAAGUAGGAACCCUGAACUAUAUGCCCCCUGAAGCCAUCAAAGACACGUCAUCUCAGCCAGGAAAAGCACGCUCAAAGAUCAGCCCCAAAGGUGACGUGUGGUCGCUUGGAUGUAUCCUGUAUUGUAUGACUUACGGGAAGACUCCAUUCCAAAGUAUCACUAAUCAGAUUACCAAGCUGCACGCCAUCAUUGAUCCCUCCCACAAGAUUGAAUUUCCUGACAUCUCAGAGAAGGAUUUGCUGGAUGUGUUGAAGAGGUGCUUGGUACGAAACCCCAGAGAGCGAAUCUCUAUUGCAGAGCUGCUGGAGCAUCCAUAUCUGCAGAUGAAGCCACACGCAGCACCUGAACCAGAGGCACCAUGUAACAGUGAUCUCCAGAGGAUCCUAAGAGACCUGGCUGCCCUCCAGUCUCCAAACAGCAUCAUACGAGCUGCAAAUAAUCUGGCCAAAAUGUGCAGCAGCGGCAGGAAGUUGGAUGUUGCGGAGUGUGCAAAGUCAUCAAACUAAUUAUUCUGGAAAAUGUGAUGCUGAUCUUUUUUUUUUGGUUGACCCUUAACCACUGUACGUAACCAGUACAGAAACUAUAUUUUUUCCUGUAGAAAGUAACUAACCUAUAUUUGUAUGUUUAUGUCCUUGAAACGAAAUAUAUAGCUUCAUUUUUUCAUUUUUACUUAUGUUUCCUGAUACUCGAUGUAAGCAUACAGUAUAGUCAAAUAAACAUACUGUACCCUUUA